GUUCUGCACAGGUUUCUCUGAUUGUGUUGGUUCUUUGAGAUUGAAGUCCUGUCGUCUGCUGACCUGCUGCGGGUGAAUUUGCUGUUCUUCUCUUAAAGUUGCUGAGAUUCCCAUCAGCAUUUGGGUUUUUGCUACAGGGACGUCGACGGAAACAGAUUUUCUUGUUUUUGUAGUUGCCAAACUUGUCCUGCAGCCCUAAAAUGAUGUCCUGACACGUUCAGGCCUUGAGCUGCAGCGAGAAACCAUGUAAAUGCCCUAAUUAUGGUGCUUAUUUCUUAACAUCUCUCGGAUUGGCGGUUUGAUCUUGAGAGAAUCAGAUCUGCGUGUGCAUGGCGAUCAGGAGCCUCUGUAUUGUGUCCUGAGCUGUGAACACACAUACUGUACGACUGCCAGAGGAAACAGCCAUCAGAGCCGAGCCUUGCGCAACCGCUGGGCAGAGAAACUGCUCUUGUUACUGUACUGGCUGCAGUUACACUCGAAAGAAAGAGGACCGAGCCAAGUGCAAUGGAAUACAUUUAAGUUUUAGGCUUUGACAGAGAAUAUGAUUGAUCUGAUCCAGAUUGACCCGAGAGACUCGCUUUCAAAUGGUUAGGACAUUCGUUUCUUAAAGCUUUUUGCUGUUUGGUUUCUACUGCAAAAUAAUGAACAAAGAUUGAGUUUGGAGCGCCCAGGGAUAAAGUCAACCCGCUCGCACACACUCGGUCCAGAAUGAGUGCCGGAAAGAAACGAAGUGGUUUUCAAAUCACCAGCGUCACGUCGGACUACAAUCAGGGUUCUGGAGAAAACCAUCUGGAGGAGCUCCUCAGCCUUGGAACUCAAAGAGCCAUGCCCCCUUCUUCCAGAAACCCCGCCCAUGGGAGGAGCCCCAGAAGCCAGACCACAUCGCCCACUCAAAUCCUAUCCAAUGGGCUGUCCCUGCGCCAAAACCCCGCCCUCCAGACGCAACAGAGCUGCAGUCAGCCGACCACGCCCGUCACGGCUAGGAAGCAAAGCUCGCUGGAUGCCGCCGGGGCGUCGCGUUUCCGCGUCGUGCGUUUGGAUCAAGGACCGGGCGAGCCGUAUAAACGCGGCCGUUGGACGUGUGUGGAUGUGAUGGAGAGGGAAGCCGAGGAGUGUGGGCUCCGCCGCGUGAUUGACAGCAUGAGACACGCCCACUCGCUGGAGUCCUUAGAGACGGUCGGGCUGAGCGGAGCCGAAGGAGCGGUGGGCGGAGCCAGACUCAAACCGUUGGACGUGCAUUCAGGUCACUUGGUACACUCACAGGGCACCACCCACCUGCUGACCCAAUGCUGGAUAGACUCCGCCCACAGCGGCCCGCCCUCACCCACACACCACACGCAGCCAAUCACGUCACCGAACACGCCCCGGAUACGCAACACACCCGCCUCUCUGCGGCUCGACAUGGACGCCGUCGGAAAGCUUCGGACCACCCGCUCUCAGCCGGUGUCACCCAGACCGCACCUGGGUCGGGACAGUCCCUUCCAUCCCGCGCUCAUGCCCAUCCAGACGCCAUCCGCCCUCACGCUGGCGCAGUCCAUGUUUGGAAUGGGACGAGCGUUUGAGUUCGUGGGAGACGACGGCGGAACUAACAGCAGCAUGAUCGCCAUCGACAACAAGAUAGAGCAAGCCAUGGACCUGGUGAAGUCUCACCUGAUGCUGGCGGUUCGAGAGGAGGUGGAGGUGAUGAGAGAGCAGAUCAAAGAGCUGUCGGAGAGAAACGCUGAGCUGGAGAGAGAAAACUACAUCCUGCGAGCGCUCCGGGACAGAGACUGAGCCAAGUGCAUCAUGGGAGAUGUAGUUCAGUGAGAAAAGAGACCGAUUAGUGCCUUAAACCGCAGUAAUGACUGAUAGCGCUGCUCACAUGCUCUAAUUAAGAGAUCAUUCUUUAAUGAUGAUUUUUAUGACGCUCUAAACAGUGCCUAUUUAUUACUGUCAGUGUGUGUGUGUGUGUGUGUGUUAGUUUGAAAGCACUGCUCACAACUAGCUUAAUAAGUAUCUUUAUGUUGCCAUGGUUAAACCAGCACUGGUUGAGAUUUAGUUGAGUUAACUCACCCUCCCUCUCUGAUAGUUGAAUAAUGAUUGGUCUGUAAUGCAUUACACAUCAAUGACUGCUCUAAUAAAUAACUCUCACUAC